GCGGGUCAUUGUGGUCCUGCUCCGAACUGAGACUUUUACUUUGCUGUGAUAUCAGCCUAUUUUUACGGAAUUCAUCGCAUCUAGUCGCUCUGAACUUCAAUUACAGGUUUGAUCUUUAAUACAUCCAUAUUUUAAACUGGAAUCAUAAAGCUUUUGACACAAGAAGAGCUGAUCAUUCUUUGACUUUCAAUGGCUGCGAGGGGAACGGCACAGCGUCCCAAUGGAGCUGUACAAGGAAAAAUCUGCCAGUUUAAGUUGGUGCUUUUAGGUGAAUCAGCUGUUGGAAAAUCAAGUUUGGUUCUAAGAUUUGUCAAAGGACAGUUUCAUGAAUAUCAGGAAAGCACAAUUGGAGCGGCUUUUUUAACACAGACCGUGUGUCUUGAUGACACAACGGUCAAGUUUGAGAUCUGGGACACAGCAGGUCAAGAAAGGUAUCACAGCUUAGCUCCAAUGUACUAUAGAGGGGCACAGGCAGCGAUUGUUGUUUAUGACAUUACAAACCAGGACACUUUUGGCCGGGCAAAAACUUGGGUAAAAGAGCUUCAGAGACAGGCCAGUCCCAAUAUAGUCAUAGCACUUGCAGGUAACAAAGCUGAUCUUUCAAGCAAGAGGAUGGUUGAAUAUGAGGAUGCUCAGUCUUAUGCCGAGGAUAAUGGUCUUCUCUUCAUGGAAACCUCGGCAAAGACUGCCAUGAAUGUGAAUGAUAUCUUCUUAGCAAUAGCAAAGAAACUGCCAAAGAGUGACACUACUGCGGCAGGGCCUGCAGCUGGUGGACGACAGCCAAGGGGUGUUGACCUCAGGGAACAAAACGAGCCACGGGAGAGUGGUUGCUGUAAAUAAUUUUGCCUCUCUUCAGAAAUCUUCUCCUAUACAGAUCAUGUGUAAAUCAACAAUGUGCAAACUAGAAUGUGGGCAAUGUUGCACAAGCAACUUAAACAAAUAACUGCUCUGUUUAACAUUAUCAGUAAAUGUACACACUCUUGCCUUUAAUGUGCAGUGGUGAUUUAGCUUUGCAUGCAAAAAUGAGCAAUUCAUUUGUAAUGUAAGAUGACAAACUCUUGUUGUAAUGUGAGCAAUAGGGAGAGUAGUUGACAAUGUUAAUUUGGUGUAAUAUUUUCAGCCUUUUAUGGCAUUAGUUAUGUUUGUCUGUGCUUUGUGUAAACUCGGCUGUCCCUACAUUCAGUUUCUUGUGUUAACUUUUAUACCAAAUUUAAGUAGAAAAGGACCAGGUCUGUUGAUCUGAAGAAAACCUUGUUGACCUCAAAGUCAAAGACAUUUUGCAAAAUACACAGACUGAAAACUUUGACAGUGACUAGAAUUUUGAACCUUCCAGUGACUUGUCAAAUAACGUGUUGAUAUUGUGUUGCAGAGAAGGUGGGUAAAAAAACUCUAGCAGAGAGCUGGCAUGAACCCUUUUACUCCUAAGACCUGGUGUCUAAAUUACUCUUCUGUUUUAAAUACAUUUUCCUAUUCAUCUCUUACCUCUUGGAAUUUAAGAUGUAAUGAAAGGUUGUGACUGAAAGACCUCAUUGACGACUUAAGUCUUUGCUCGGUUUCAUUACAGUAAGAGAAGUAGAUUCCUUGAAAAUAUUUGCGUGGAAAAGUAUGGGAGAAUGGCAACUCUGAUUUUUUAAAUUAGAGCAUCUUUGUGGAACAAUUAAAAAAAUACACGAGGCAAUGAUCUCUACAAUGAACUUCUUCUAGUUUAAACCUUGUCCAAAAUCAAUGACAGCUCUCAUCAAAUAAAUUCAAAGCAGUUUGUGUCUGUGCAUUUUUUUUUGGGCCAUGAGGAUUAAGACUACUUCAAAGUGAAUGGUGUGUCUGCAACUUGAAGCUAAGCGUCCCUCGGGCCUUAACAGAUGUACCACUGCUGCCACUGCACUCAAUAAAAUGAGACAUCACAUAUAGUUUUAGCUAGGCUUACAGCUUGGGUAGUUUUGUGGCAGUCAUUUAAUUUAGGAACUUGUAAUAAAAUAUGGUACUGACUUUUGUCUGCACCUUUCUUUUGAUUAA